CAGAUCGGAGAGGUCCAAAGUUUCCCAUUAAAACGUCCUAUAUAUACUACGAAAUGCUUGUUAAACUGAUUCUGGCAUUGGUAAUUGGUUCUGGCGGCAUUUUUGCGCCUGGCAGUGCACAAAAUCUGUUGGAUCGACUGCGUCCGGUGAAUAUAACCAGGUUCGAUGAUGGCAUCAAAGUGGUUUCCGGCACCAAGGUGAAGCGGUACGAACGGCUGACGGUUCCGCUGGGGGGUCCCGUGGGAAUCCCAGGACCUGCUGGACUCCUGGGUCCUCUGCUGCCCCCACAGCCUUCUUAUCUGGGAUACACCUAUCAGUUGGUGCCACAAUGGCAGGCGGGUGCCAAGCUGGUGGGCGACGGAGAAGGAGCCAGUGUGGCCGGCAUGAUAUCCUUCAUACAGCUUCCCUACAAUUCGGACAUCAAGGUGACCAUCAAUGUGACGGGACUACCACCUGGUAAACACGCCCUGCACAUCCACACCUUCGGAGAUCUCAGCGAUGGCUGCAAGUCCACUGGCGGACAGUUUCCAAAUAAUUUUCUAGGUAAUGUGGACACCAAGGAUGAUGGCAGCAUCUCGGCGGUCUUUCAGAGCAUUUACCUUCAACUGUUUGGCAUAAACGGAAUCGUUGGCCGUUCCAUUGUGAUCCACAGCAAGGCCAUCGAUCUGAAUACUGCCCUAAAUGCGGAGGUCUUCUCGUCCUCCCUCCAAGUAAUGCCCAAUCCACUGGCCUAUCAGAACGAGGAGAAUUCUGUGGGUCCGGCCAUCGCCUGUGGAGUUAUUAGUCUUAUGAGCACGGCAACCAGCUCGUCAGGUAUGGCACCUGCUUCUUCAGCAGCACCGGCAAUGGAAAAUGCAGAGAUUUAAUUUGUAUUCUUACACUAAUCUUAAUAAAAAAUAUUUUGUAACUA